AUGCCUAAAAAAAUAAAUGCUAAAUAUUUUGUAUAUUUAUACAAGCAUAAACACUUAGCACCUAGGACAAUAUCUAAAAGUAUAUCACAAAUAUAUUAUAAAAUACAUCCAAAUGAUAUCUACACAAAGUUAAUAAUUUAUAUAUUUUUUGGAGAUACAAACGAACAAAUAACUUGUCCUCUCAUAUUUCAAAAUUUAUUAAAAUAUGAAAAAAUCGUAGACUGCAUAAAAAAAAAUUUUUUUAAAUCGAGUGACUACCAAGUAGACAUUAAAAAUCUACCAACAAAUUAUAGAAUAGAAAAGAAUAAAAAUACAGAACUUAGUCAAAAUGAAAUUUAUGAAAUAUUUAGACUUCUUCUUACUAUUGAAAUUAAUUAUCAUCAGCUAUAUCUUGUUGAUCAAAAUUUUCUUGGUAAUUUAGCAUUUAAUAUGGAAAAUUCUAAAAAAUUACAAAUUUUAAACUAUAAGUAUAAAAUUUCUCCACUUUUAUGUUUUCUUUUAGAUUCUUUAGAAAAUGAUAAAUUUGUAAUUCCGUAUUAUAAAUCUUUUUACUAUUUUUUAAAGGCAAUCAAGUUGGAAUAUAGAGAAGGCUUGUAUCUGCUACAUUCAAAUAAUUUAGAUUAUAGAAAACUUGAAAUAGAGUUGUUGUAUUCAAAAUACAAAAUUAUAAAUGAAUAUCACAGGAUUUUUAUUAAUUUUUAUCCUGAGAUAAUUUACAAUUGUAAAAUAUAUAGUAAUAGAUUGGAAUAUUUUAAUAAUCCACUAAAUCUUCCAUUUAAGUAUAAAAUAUUACGAACAUAUCUGUUUUGUAUACCAUAUUAUCUAAAAAUUAUUAAUAUAAAACUUAAUGAUUCAAAUUUUGACAUAUUAUUUCGUGUAAUUUAUAUUGAAAAAAUAUUUAACACUGGACUAACAAAAAAGUGGUGUAAACUAUUACAUUUGUUAAUACUUGACAAUUGCAAUUUAUUAUAUGUUCUUUUAAAAAGAAAAUUUGAUAAAAAAUACAUAAAAAAAAUAGUUAAAAAUGUGCCUUCCUUUCAUUUGGCAUUUGACCAUGGAAUUACUUUGUACAAAGAGAGUGGCGAUGUAUUUUAUUUACAAAUUAUAGAACACAUAUUAGAAGAAUAUCCUGUAAAAGAAUACUUUAAAAAAAUUGAUCAGUUUAAAGCAUUUUUUCCACAAGAGUUUUUAGAAAAAUUUCAAUCUUUUUUUGAUUUACUGUAG